GGGAACACUCGCCACUUCCCCGAGAACUCAUAUGUGACCGCCCUAUCAUAGGGUGCAGCUGCUUGAGCUUUUCGGAAUCCCGCCCUCUCACCUCACAGGCAUUGACAUUUGGGGGCGUUAAUAUGCGACAUUCCGUGGCAGCAAGUGACCACCACAGCGUUCGAUUCGCAUACCACGAAGCUUGUCUGAGUCCGCAAUGAGCCAUGCUGCCCCGCUCCAGCGCCUCAUAGGCAGCCUCCGUAGUCUGGCCCGUCGGCCGGAGCUGCGGGCGGGCGCUACUUCCGGAGUUAUCAUGGGCGUUGGGGACGUCAUCUGCCAAACCAUGCAGAAGACUUCUCAAAAACCAAAAGUUCUGACCACGGAAGCAAGCAGUUCUCCUCCAUCUUCAGAUUCUGAGCUAAGGAGAGGAUCAGGAUUCUCAAGAGACCACUUACAGGCGCAGACAGACACAGAUCCUCAACCAAACAGCAAUUCAGUGGAGCAGCUGUGGCUUUCCUUUGUACAGGAUCUUGACUUCCAGCGCACGCUGCGGUUUGCUUUCGUUGGCCUGACAUUACAUGGCCCUUACUUUCUUCAUGGUUUCAGGUGGCUUGAUGCCACCUUCGGACCGUCCAAGUCGUUGCAAAUUGCAGUCGCCAAGACGGCACUGGGCCAGGCGGUCGUCUUUCCAGUGUAUCUCGGUGCUUUCUUUACUUACAUGGGGAAGUUGGAGGGUAAGACGUGGCAGGAGUGCAAGGUGAAGCUGGAGCAGGGGUUUCUGCCAACAUACACCAGCGGGUGUGUGUUCUGGCCGGUUGCCAACAUGUUCAACUUUACCAUGGUGCCCCCGACCGAGCGCGUGUUAUAUUCAAACAUCGUGGGGCUUGUUUGGAACUCUUACCUGAGUUAUGCGAACUCGAAGGUAACACAGCUUCGGCUUUUGGAAAACGAAGAGUUACCGCUGCGCCCCGGCAGCUGAUUCUUGGAAGACAUGUUAUCAAAUCCAAUCGAAUAUGCGCGUUGCUGCUUUCGAAGGUGGAGUAUCAUCCGGUGAUCAUAUCGUAUUCGAUUCUUUGCUGACAUGCCAAGUUGAGUCCUUCCAAAACUUCGCGACAGCAACCUCGGCAGCUUUGAAAGUGUGACGCAUUUCUUUUGCGGACUCGAUCACUGUGCACAUCGCAAGUCAAGCUCGCGCUCUGGAUUGGCCAUGUUCGCUGGCACAAG